GUUAUGGCCUGGAACGAAAGCUUCUCAGCAGCUGACGGCGGUGGUUGGGCUGGUGACACUUCCUUCGCAACUGCACCUCCGAAAGAGGCACAGUCAGCGAAGGUUGCUGAAAGAUUACCUGUGCCAGUAACCGUCGCGGAUCUACAUGACUCGGCUAAUGUGGAGGAGAGAUACGAACUUGGUGAUUAUCCUUUCAGUACGGUAGGUCAAUUAUAA